UGAACCAAGCGAACCCAGCGGCCAUCUUCUCGCUAGAGGAUAAGCCGGUUAGCUUGCUGUGUCGAAGUGCAGUGUACACUAUGGCUGACUAUUCCAGCGUGGCUCCUCCGUCGUCUAAUUCAGGUGGUGGAAUGAACGACGCGUUUAAAGAUGCUCUUCAACGGGCUAGACAAAUUGCUGCGAAAAUAGGGGGUGAUAGCGUCGGCGCCCCCCCUCCACCGACCAAUGAUUUCGGAUAUGGAGGCCAGAAAAGACCGCUGGAAGAUGCAGAUGAUGACUCUCGGGAAAGUCUGAACUGUAGAACACACUGGGAGGGCUUGAUUUCUCCUUUCCCAGAUCAACCAGAAACAAAGAAAAUUGCAGCGCAGAAUGAUUCUUUUGCUUCAAUGAUGGGAGGAAUGGGUGGAAUGAGUGGCAUGAGUGCCCCCCCAAGAUCUACUUCUGAGGAAUUCAAAGUUCCCGACGGGAUGGUUGGAUUUAUUAUCGGACGGGGUGGAGAACAAAUAUCUCGAAUGCAGCAGGAGUCGGGAUGUAAAAUUCAAAUUGCUCCAGACAGCGGUGGCAUGCCGGAGAGGUCUGUGACAUUAACAGGAUCUCCUGACUCAAUUCAGACUGCAAAAAGAUUGCUAACCGAGGUUGUGGAGAAAGGCCGGCCUACACCGAUGUUCCACCACUCGGAUGGACCAGGAAUGUCCGUUCAGGAGAUUCUCGUUCCUGCUUCUAAAGCUGGCCUGGUCAUUGGAAAAGGAGGAGAAACCAUUAAACAACUACAGGACCGCGCUGGAGUGAAAAUGGUGAUGAUUCAGGAUGGAACACAAAACACUGGUGCAGACAAACCUCUGAGGAUUACUGGAGAGCCUUUUAAAGUUCAGCAAGCUAAAGACAUGGUAAUGGAACUCAUCCGUGAUCAAGGAUUCCGGGAACAGAGAAACGAGUACGGAUCAAGAAUGGGAGGUGACGGUGACAGCUUAGAUGUACCUGUCCCAAGAUUUGCUGUUGGAAUAGUGAUUGGACGGAAUGGGGAAAUGAUCAAGAAGAUCCAAAAUGAUACCGGUGUAAGGAUUCAGUUUAAGCCAGAUGAUGGCAGCACGCCUGAGAGGAUAGCGCAAAUCAUGGGACCACCAGACAGAGCUCAGCACGCCGCUGACAUCAUAGCGGAUAUUCUGAGGAGCGUGCAGUCGGGGGGACCGCCGGGGCCAGGAGGCAGGGGAAGGGGAAGGGGUCAAGGCAACUGGAAUAUGGGUCCACCUGGAGGACUGCCCGAGUUCACCUUCACUGUCCCUGCCAUGAAGACAGGCCUCAUCAUUGGGAAGGGUGGUGAGACCAUUAAAAGCAUUAGCCAGGAGACGGGUGCGAGAAUCGAGCUCCAGAGGAAUCUUCCUCCUGGCGCUGAUCCCAGCAUAAAGAUCUUCACCAUCCAGGGGUCGCACCAGCAGAUAGACUAUGCCAGACAGCUGGUGGAGGAAAAGAUUGGAGGUCCCGUCACUCCAAUGGGCGGUCCCCAUGGGCCCCCAGGCCCUCAUGGUGGUCUUCCUCCCCAUGGACCUCCAGGUCCCCCUGGACCACCUCCACCAAUGGGCCCAUACAACCCUGGACCCUAUAAUCACGGUCCUCCUGGACCUCAUGGUCCACCUGCACCCUACCAGCCACAAGGAUGGGGCAAUGGCUUCCCUCAUUGGCAGCAAGGGCAGCCAGAUCCUGGUAAAGCAGCUGCAGAUGCCAAUGCAGCUGCCUGGGCAGCAUAUUACUCUCAGUACCAGCAGCAACCUCAGCCCCCGAUUGCCCCUGCCAGUGCCGCACCAGGCACUACUCAAGUCAAUGGGCAAAGUGACCCGCAGACUCCUGGUCAGAGUGGACAGGCAGAUUACACUAAGGCCUGGGAAGAAUAUUACAAGAAAAUGGGACAACAAGGACAACAGCAGCAGCAGCCGCAGGACUAUACAAAGGCAUGGGAGGAGUACUACAAAAAACAAGGUCAAGCAGCUCCUCAGACUAUGGCGUCUGCUGCUCCCCAGACGGGAGGAGCGGACUACAGUGCAGCGUGGGCAGAGUACUACAGGCAGCAGGCUUCUUACUAUGGCCAGGGCAGCCCACAAGGCGUGCCCGCCCACGCCCCAGCCCCGCAACCCCAGCAGGUAUCCUCCGACUGAAGAGUCUGUUCUCCCUUUCUUAGUUUUUGGUUAGUUUCGCUGAUAGAAUCUUUGUUUUAAUCCUCGAUGUAUGAAAUGGCAAGUACUUGUUUUUGUGCUAAACUUUUCCCUCUUCAGGUGUAGCUGAGUGGGAUAGGUGCAACACCUCACUAACAUUUCUUUUCCCCAGACAGGCUUUGUAAUUUUUUUUUUCUUAAAUUAUACUCUUGUUCUUAUUGUGUACCUCAUAUGUAUUUAUGUAUUUCUUCUGCACAGGGCCAGUAAUGUGAAGUGGACAAUAGCGUAUUUGCCUCGUUGUCGAAAAACCUUUGUUAAAUGUUGGAUGCAGAAGCCUUGAUGAAGAUCUUAAUUUCUUUGGUUAAAAAAAAUGUUCAAAAGCAGAUCACACAAGUUCCCAAGGCAGUUUUUGCUUGUACAGAAUGGUUUGUUUUUAGUGUAGUGAAUAGCCUUGGACAUUCCAGAACCUGUAUUUCAUUCAUUUGAUCAAUGCUCAUGUUUAUGAACUGUCAUAAUUUCCAUGUAAAUCAUCUGUUGUUUUUUUUUUUUUUUUUUUUUUUUUUGGUUUUUUAAUCCUGUUUUGUGUUUUGCAAUAAAACAAUGAAAUCUGUGUUGGUAAGUUGGGUAAUUGUGAGGUGGGUAAAAUGGGUAAGAUGCAAGUGUCCUUGGAGGUUAAGUGCUUAAUUUUAGGCAGGUCCGGGUCCACUGGCUGAAUUUUGCAGGUUUUGCUUUUGUUUUUCUACAUGGCACUGUAGUUUCACCUUCGGAUGUGUGCUUCAGAUGUUAUUUUGAAAAGCAAAGAAACUAACAAAAAUCUCGAUUGAUUUAUCGGCUUUGUAUUUUCCUCGUCUAUUCGUCUGGACGUAUCGGUGAUUUUAGAUAUUCUGAAAUGUGACCGUCAAGAAUGGUGUAGUAUUGCAAGGAAUAUAAUACAUGUGCUAGCUAUUGAAUACUCUGGUGUUUUCAUUAUACUGAUGAUGCUCAGUUUCUGGUAAGAGAUAGUCUGUACUGUUGAUAAUGAGAGAACAACUUCUUCCCCUCACAGGCAAGUUUAGAAAAGCGGUAAGCGAAAGGGUACUUUUAUUUUUGCUUGUGACCUUAUAUCUGUUGAUUUGAUGCUUUUCUGCAGCACAGGUAUUGUUAAACAUGUUCUGAUAGUUUUACACAUUUUCCUUGCAAAAGUACUUUGUGUUUUCCGUUAGUGUCUUUAAACCUGUUGUUUUCUUGCAUUUGCUAGCUUCUAUUUUACCUUUAAUGCCGCGGAAAAGAUGGAUUUGCAAUGCUAUUGUCUGUCGAAGUGCAUUCGGUUUAGAUGUGUAGGUUUGUAGGGGUGAGGAAGCCUUUGCUGAACAUCACCUGUCAAUUGUACCUUCAAGGGAAUUUUCACUGUAAGUACAAAUCUGUGAAUAUUACCAAAUUCAAUUUUUGUUUCUCUUUCAAUGUAUUGUUUUGAGAGAUUGAAAAUGCAGAAACGCUGGUUAAAGUAAAUUUGCAUAAAAGUGGAAUCGCCAGUAUAGGUAAGUAUCAAAGUAAGGUGUGUUCCAGUUUUUCAGUGUGGCCUCACUCUGAGCCACUUUAAAUUGGAAGUAACAACUGUCGGAAUUUUGGAUUUUAUAUCAUGUUCUAAUAAUUUGGUGACGGGUGUGUAUUUAGGUUGUUAAAACCAAAAGGCUAAAAUAGCGUUGCAGUUUGUUUUCCUAGACCACUGUUCCUUUUUUAGGACCAUUCCACUUUGAACUCAAAUGCAAGCGUAUACAUUUUCAGAAUUGCAGCAUGUGCAGCUUGGCAGGAAUUUCUCCCAGGAAAUGUGCUCAUUUGCUGUUUGCUUUAAAUAUUACCACAUAAUUUGUAAAACAAUCCCCACUCAGAUUCCGUUUAAUUUAAAAUACUAGAAGUCCAGAUGGUAGAUGAAGUGAACUAAAAUCCUGUUGCUGUCAAUGCAUUGUUUCAACAUGUAGAUUUCAAGAAGUGGCUUUCCUAAAGAGCUACAGAAAGUGUAGACAAAGUUAAGAUGUCCAUUUGAUCUGACUUGCCAUUGUUUCGGAAUUGAUAAUACUGGCGGCUGUUGAAUUAAUAAAUGAAUGAUUGAAUUGUUACUGAUGGCAAACAGUGGAAUAUUUAAUCUUUGCAGUGUCCCCCAGACCUUGCACCUUAGGUUCUGCUGCAGUAACACAGGUAAGCAUUACCUAAGGACACCUGUGUUUGACCUGUGAAUGAUUUUGUUUCAGUUUGCCCUUUUAGUUACAGAAAAUCUAGAAUAUUUGUUUAGGAGAAACUUUCGAUAGUGAUUACAAUCGCCUCAGCCUUCUCUGUUUAGACUGUCGUCUGACUUAACACCUAGAAUGCAACAGCCUUCGUAUUUAUAAACUUUAUUUUGUAUUGAAUAUUAGUGAUGUGCAUGGCAUUAUUCUUUUCAGAGAGACAUGAAUGAUUCUAGAUGUAUAAAUAUUCACACUAUUAGAAAUGAUUUAGAUCUUAUGUGUGCAUUUACAUUGUUUAUUGUAGAUAAGUUGUUUAGUAGUAUUUUUAGUAGUUUUUAACAAUCAAUAAGUGUUUAUUCUUUUAUGACCAUGGUGCAUAGAAUUGAAAGCAUUGCUUGUUUUUUGUCGUACAUACUACUUUGAGCUACUGCAUGCAGUUUCAGGCUUUUGGUACUUUGGAAACAGUAAGACCUAAUGGCACGCAGCAAGAGAACAGGAUGCAGUUUAUAAACAUGCUAUGUGAGAGUGAACGUUGCAAUGCCCCUUUUCUGUAGUGUCGACAACAUGUAUAAAUGCUGCCUUCAUUUUCACACACAGUGUUGAAGAUGCUGCAAGCAUAGUUCAUAGAAUCAGGCCCGAGAUAGUUUGUCCCUAAGGAGGAAUCCUUUGAGUCUAUUCCACUGGUGAACAUAGACCAUUCAAGGGCUCCAGUUAUAAGGUAAAUUUGAGGAACUCCUGUGGUUGCUAAAUUCAUGUUCUUGCUUUAGUCAAGACACUGUUUACUCAUGCAGUAUUAACCCAUGUUUUUUGCUGAUCUUGUGUGAAAUUCUAUUAAUAGUUUCAUGCUUGCUGUACUCAGUGUUAAAUUUAUCAUAGUUGAUAUUCAUAUUUUUACUACAAAUACUUUAAUAUUGGAAGUUUUUGAAACUUAAAAAAAUGUCAGAAUUUGAACUUUUUUUUUUUCUUUGCGUAAAGCGACAGGCUCCGAUUCAGUUUCUAUAUUUGAUAGUUUGAGUUCUCCGUAACGGUAAAAUCAUGUCUUGCAAGUUAAUUGUGCUGCACUGAUUUUCUGCAUAUAGCUGAUGUAUACACAUUCUGGUUACUAGGAAUAGUGUGCAAAGUGAAUAGGGUGGGGUGGGACUAUGAAAGCAAUUUUUAAAAAAGUGUUAGCUUAAACGGGAAAUGUAAACAGCGUGCAUCAAGAGAGAAAAUUGUUAAAGGUUUUUAAAGUCAGUUUUUGUUAAUAUCAACUGUUCAGCAUUAUUCCCCUUGUGCAGAAAUAAAAGAUUAUUGCUGACGAA